AUGGAUUAUGAUCUCUACGCAUGGAUACGCGAGCUGGAUGGAGCUAUCCAGGGUGAAGUCGAUGGAAGUCUUGACAGGGUCGAUACGCAGACCAACCAUCAGAUCGACACUAUUGAUAAGAUUUUCAAGCUCUAUGGCUUCCAGACAAUGGAGGAUAUGAGAACAAAACUCGAUUCUCUUCUGACUCCUGCCCAGAAAGCCGCCUAUGAUGAUCAAGUUCAGCAUAUGCGUGAUAUUGAUGCCACGACAACAAGUAUAUUGGACGCGUCUAUGUUGGUUGCUGUCAUCGCUGGCGGGCUAGAAUUGUCAGUCAGGCCGCUGACAGCAGUGCUGGGUACUGGUGCACUCGCAGCUGGGAGUCAGUUGUUCACGCGCGGAGUGCGUAUGUUACUCGAAGGCGAAACCGAAGGUCUCAGGUUCAUGACGGCGGCUUUCCGUACCUUCCGGGUCCUGUCUACAGCAGGGGAGGCAAGUGAGGCAGCCGCCCGCGUCGCCCGAUAUGUUCGCACAGCAUCAUCGGUCGUCGUCGUCCUCGGUGUUGUCCUUGACGGAAUCUUGCUUGUGUACCAAGCUAUCGAAGGAGCCAAGCAGAAGACCGCCUUUGAAGAGUCAGAUAUGAUCCUUGCGCAAAGUGGCAUCCAAGACUUGACGGCUCACCGGUUCCAGACCAAGAAUAUCGAGCAGCAAAUCUUUGCAACUGAAGCAUAUACAGCGUCGGUCUCGGCAUUCAUGGUGACAUACCAAGUUUUGAAGUCCGCGGGCGAAUCCGAUGAGAAGAUAAAGCUUGUUACAGACCAGUUGAUGGUAACAGUUGCUGAGAACUUACACACCGACUUGGACAAAAUCACCAACGACUCAGUCUGGUCUGCAUGCCUUGACAUCGAUCAGAAAUCGAAUUACGACGGUCCUCAUUCCUGGGAUCCUAAUCAGCAGACCGUUCUGGACUGGAUAGCAGCUCAGCCACCUGUCGUACCUGCCGAUAGUCAUGACAUUGCAAGUAACGUCGAAAGAAGAAAGAGAAUGUGA